AUGUGUCCCGUCUACCGCUCCCAAACAUUGGGGCAUUCCAUGAUCUCGCAGAAAUCCGGAUACGAGUUCCUCUGUCUCGGGCACAGUAAAAGGCAACUGGAUAUAUUUCGGACCGAGGUGGACCGUUAUGGCUUUGCACCUGUCCUCUUGGAAGAAUCCACUCUGAGUGAGCUGUUGGAGAAGAAGUGUCCACAGAGGACUGAGCCGUCGUUACGGCUCUGUGGCACUGAAGAGGGCAUCGCUGAGCCUUCACCCUCACCUUCGCCUCGUCACCUGUCAGUAGACCACCAGCACCUACAGUGCCGUAAAGGCAGCCUUCUCCUCACCCCAGAGGCGAAGAGGAGGUUAGAGGAGCGACGAGGGUCGGAGCCGCUCCGCAGCACCCAGGAUCUGGGACCUGACGGUGACUUGGAGGACCAUUCCUUGGGGAAUCAUCACCACAUGGAGGGCCAUGGACACCACCUCCACCUGUCCAGCUGCCACGAAUGUUUGGAGCUGGAGAACAGUACCAUCCUGUCUGUCAAAUAUGCCUCAGCUGAUAACAUUCCAGACCUUCCUGAUGAUAACUCAGUGGGGCUGGACAGUGGGGAUGAGACUCUGGACGAAGUUGAACACGAUGCCAAAGGGGUUUUCGGAUCUGACUGUAAUAGCAAACCGCCAAAUGUUCUGGUGUUCACAGGUGGUUGCCAGGAGCGUUUCCAGGCAGUCCAUCAGCUUUUAUCAGAGUGUAUAAACAUGGAGAACAACAUAAUAUAUCCCCUCCUACCACAGCAGGCUUUGAGCGAUCCUUGGCUGGACAACACCAGGCUAUUGGUCCUGGCAGAGGAGGAAACUCUGACCCCCCAGCUUCAGACCCGCUUUCUCACCUACCUGAACCAGGGUGGCAGGGUACUGGGGCUAGCCUCUACCCUGUGCCCUGCAGGCCUCUGUCUGGAAGUCAGGGAAAGGAGACGUGGGCAGAUCAGCCGGCUGAGCUUCACCAGGGAGGACAGCACAGAACUGGAACUGAGCUUGUUGGCGAGUGGAAAAGUCUACAUCAGGGACACUCAGGGAGGAGGGGAAGUUGAGCUCUGGGGGGAGCUGAAAGGGGACGUCCCUCAUCAGAGGGACAUGGUUAUAGUCAGAGUAACCCAUGGAGGGGAUGGCGGGGAAGCUGUCCUCUGUCAGGUCCACCUGGAAAUUGCUCCUGACUCCCAGAAUCUGACAUCAGAAGCUUUCGAUGAAUUGAAGGUCAGCAAUGCACUGCGCUUUGAAGUCUUGACAGAGAUCCUCACCUCUCUGGGCCUCACUUGUGAGCUGAACCAGACCCCAGCCCCAAGCCCAGUCCACCUGCUGGCCACGUCUCAGGAGGCCAAGGCCAGCUUCUGAUGUGGCUUUGAACACGUGCAGAUCAAAAUGGCCCUAAACUCAAAUU